GCGACGAGUGCUUUCUACAGUAGUCGUGCAUACAACCAACCUUGAGCUGCCCUUUCGACCGACCGCCGACGUGACCUACAGACCUCACCUCCCAUCACCUCCCACCACCCACCACCUCCCAUCACCUUUUGCCUUGCCUUGCCCUGCCCGUACUACCGUCGAUACCUUAUCCUCUGGACACACCGUACGACCUUGCACCAGGCCGAGGCGCCAGCCCAUCACGCGCGAACGAGCGUGAUCCUCACUGACGCGACGGCGGGCCUGUUGCCUGUUGCCCAACUCGCAUCUUGGAUCCUGCAGCGAGGAGAGGCCGCCGGCAUCAUAUGGUGCGAGAACUAGUUAUCGCACGUCGUGCAUGCUGGAAGCCGUCUGAGAGGGUUCUUUGCACCGCCCACUUCCCUCCUUCCCUAAGGCACCCACCCGCCCACCACCGAGUUCUAUCUCUAAUUACCUCCUCCUCCUCCUGGCUUCUCCCGCUCGCCCACGUACCUGUAUGAUGCACACGAAGUUGGAGCCUCCGGACCAGAAUUCCUACUACGAUAUCCAAUUCGCGCGUCGGUAGUCGUCCGACGCCUCUCCACCUGCUUGUGCUGACCGAGCGCUCCGCGUGCGUUAGCGCAUGCCCGUUCAAAAAAUGGGCGACCCUCGCAAUUCGUCCUCGCCAGCGCCGCCAAUCGACAGGCCUGGCCAUCAGCAACCCGUCGUCCAGCCAGCACUACCGCGCGAUGGGCCACCACAACCUACAAGCCAGCCACAGCGACCUGUGCUUCGGCCAACAUCGUCCUCCUCGAGCCAGCCGCAGCGACCGCUGCCGAGGCCAACAACAUCCUCUCCGCGUGUAUCGCAGGAGUCCAUCUCCAGAACAUCCAUUCCUCCUACCCACGCCCUCGCAGGUUCACGCGUAGACCGCUCACCGCCCCUGCUCCAUCAGCCACAACAGCCUGUCAAGGAUGCAGUGAAUGCCGCCUUCGACAACUCGCCCUCCAGUCGCCAACUGGACCCGGACAUCGAGAAGCGCCUGAUUGAGCAGGUGACGGAGCAGGUCAUCAGGAAUUUGCAUCUUGCCAAUCUAUCAGGACCGCCCACUGCGUCGACUGUGUCAGACUACUCGCGACCAGUCCCGCUAUCCCUUCCGACUGCCUCUCGCUCACCCCAGCAGCUGUCGCCAGCACACAGUUCCACCACCGACUACUUUCCGCCACACUUCACCCCUCCCUCUCCCGCCGUAGACAGAGAUGGGUCUCCCCGCAGUAGCAAGGGCUCAUCGCCAGAGCGAGAACGGGAACUGUCUGAUACUGGCAGUCAGUUUGGUAGCAAGAGUCACGGAAGCGUUCGCAGCCGUGGCAGCACACGCAGCAAUCAGGAGCAAGAGUGCACACCACGAGCGUCUCAGCCCGAUGUUAGCGGGGGACCUUACGGACCUAGUAAGACGACGCAAUUGGGUCAAGAUGUGAGUGCCAGUGAUAGGUUGCCAAGGAACAGAGGAUCGUCUGAGGCCACCGCACGGCCAUCACGGAAUGACCCUCGCUCCUCAUCUGAUGCUGUCGCUCUGAACCAGGAUCGCACUGCACAGCCUAACGGGAAUCGAGGAGAGGACGACGAGCCUACAACUCUGGAGCAGUAUUGGCAGCCGCUCUUUGAGAGCGGCACGCCAACCCCGCGCCUGGGUCAAUUCUUGAGAGGACUAGCCAUACACAUUGUCGAGGACUAUGAGCCCAAAGGAAGCCUGGUAAUUGGGCCUAAGAAGAUGCUUCGCUUCUUUGGAGAAACCAAGGUCGACAAGGAACAUUACCCAUGGAGUACCAUCUUCGGCGGACAGAUGUCCCACGAAUCCAUCUCAGUCAUGUAUCGAAAGUUACUGUGUCAACACCACUUCACACAACCAGAGCAGCACGCCCAGGAUACUCCUAGUGUACCCGCUCUGACGCCUCAUGGCUUCGCCCAAUUCAUGACGUGCCUCAUCCAGGCUCACCCCGAUACCGAGUAUGCUCGAUUGACAACCGCUGUGAGAGACAUGCCCAUCUCCAACGCGGAUCAGGCAAAGGAACGUUUUCCCAAGGAACUUUCCAGACGAUUGCUUCCGCAGAAAUCGAAUGUUCAGGCUGAACAGAGAUUAAUUGCAAGCCUUAACCAUGAACCCGAUCUGGUUCCUCUGGAGAGGGUCAUACACGCAAUGCCACCGCCGCCUCCUUCAGCACCGCCUGCAGCGUCUCCCAGGCAACAGACAUUCCUCGAGCGCGAAAGGGCUCCUUACACCCAGUCCGCAUCACAAUCGAACGCUGUGACCGACGAUGAUUUGACAGAACCAGCUCCGCCUGCAAUACCACUUGAACGCGAGCGUAAGCCGUACUUCGCCAAGGAAGGCAGCGGUAAGCAGUACGAGGCAGAAGUAAAUCGUGACCGUGAUAGAGACCGAGACCGAGACCGAGAUCGCAGCCAGCGACAACCUAGCAGGCCAAAUGCUAGCCAACAACGACCGGAAUUGGCCCCAUCACGAUCGUCACGCCUAGAUCCUAAAUCCGUAUUCAGUGGACCUCCAGCUACCGAACCUCCCAAUGUGUCGUCUCCGAACCGGAACCAGAGGAUGCCUCAAGGUCCACCACCAUCAGCCAAUGCUGGGUCCUACUCCAAAGGUGGUCGCAGAUCUCCACCUCUACGUGGGCCAUUCCGCAGUGAGCCCAUGGAUAUUGGGCAAGUACCGUCCUACGCACAAUCACCUCGAGAUCGAGAUCGUUUCGCGGGAGAUCCUGAUGACGAUCCCUUGCGAACCUUCGACAGUAGAAGGGGUUCUGUACGCAACGAUGAAGAAUUUGGCAGUCGGACUAUCCCCCCACGAAACUCGCAAUCUGGCCCAAACAGCCUUGAUCCGACGCAACACGGGCUGGGUAGCAAUUCAUCUGGCUUCAAUCGCGGUCCGAUACCUGGCGGACAUGAAGACAGACGGAGAAAUUGGUAUCCUGGCGCCCCGGGAGGAACCGACGGUUAUGGCAGCUAUUCGAAUAAUACUUACGGACCUCCUCCCACGCACUAGAAGCGCAAGAGUAGCUCGGGCAGUACAGUACACAAUAGCAGCUCUGCGGGCAGUCCAGGGCCUUCCAUCUUGAAGAAUCCCGGCAGAUCCACACCCAUGCGACAAAGCAGCGUCCGAGAAGCAAGCAACGAGAGCUUUGAGAGUGAUUCCUCUACCGAUCGUGCCCGCCGCGCAUUGCGCAGCCGGUCUCGCACUAGAUUACAGGUUGCCCUCGAUGAAGCCAAACACAACAACAUGAUGUGAAUUGGCACACUGUGGUUGAGACCGGCGCAUCGAUGCCAUUACGUGCGCUGUUGGAUAAUGAUCUUGUUGCUUGGUAUCGAAGAGCACCAUCGACUUGAUUUACCAUUACUUUUUUUUUCCUGGAUUUUAGCUUUGUGGCUGAUGGUCGAAUACCCCAAGCAUGACGUUGCGAGCGAAUGGCGUGCAUGAUUUCUGAAU